ACGCCCACAUUCCCCCCUCCCAACGGGGAUACCUCAGGCCAUACCCGCCGUGCUCCCCUUUCCUCCCUUGCGCCGCACGGUCAACGAAUGAUUACGAGAAGGAGGAUAAUUAGAGGCCUCGAUUAUUCUACGGGUAUUACCGCGAUCGCGGCCACCUCCGCGCGCCGAGUCCGAUCUACCGCGGUCGUCCAAUUCACUGUGAUUUGUCGAGCUAUCUCGCCCGCCCCUCCCCUACCAUACCUCGGCGUCUACGGUAUAGCGCCACGCUCAGUCGGCCAUACGCCAGCAAUCGUCGCGAGAUCAAGAGCGAGAGUGACGGCUGGCAGACCAAAGCCGCCACUCUCCGGAGCAAAGAAGAGCCAUACCGAGCACAAAGAGCAUGGAUCCCUCAGCAAUGGAGUUCGUCAUGCACCAUCCUGACCAUGCUGGCACGGCCUCGUCUUCGCCGAACGUCGAUCAUGGCGCCCGCUCGGCUUGCCCGGCCUUGCGUGCUGCCGCCGAGCGUAAUCAGCAUUCGGCGCCUCGCCCAUCCUUUCACUAUGACCCCGUCCACGGCAAUGCCCACGGCUUUUGGGAGGCCCCGCCGUCUUUGCCUCAUGGUCGAUGGCUACCUGACACUUUUCAGCCACCCGGUCCCCUCCCUCCCCACACGGGUCAAUUCAGCCAAUCCUUAUACACCCCUGCGUUGGGCGGGUCGAGCCAUUACAAUUACCGGUAUAGAACACCGAUGUUGAGCCUGCAGAGAAUCGGAGGCACGGCUCCCAUUCAGCAUAGUCACGGGAAUUUCUCAGUGCCUAGUCAACCUCAGCCUCAGGCUGGAUCCGGGAACGGAGUGGGGCCAGGGCCUCACGUCUCGAGGAAUAGCACGCUGCCGCCUUUGAAUCCUAUGCCACCUCAGGGCCCGCCUCAGACUGCGACUCACAAUCUACAGGCACCGACAUUCAUGUCAACCGCUCGUCCGGCUCAGCACCCUGGCCGGCAGAGCCCCCCUCCUUUUGUUCGCCAGAAUAGCACCCCUUCGACAUCCCUCCCACCCGCGGAAGUGGUCCUGUCUUCUUCCACUAGCAGAACUGGUCAACCCAGAGGUUCCCACUCCGCGUCGUCUUCUCCCCCUCGUCGACUGGCCGUAGGUAGCCAAGCGGAAAGCCAAGGCACCGCUUCCGAGACGCGCCGGAGGAGCCAGAUUAGUCGAGGUCCUGCGCGGGCGUCGCCGCCCGGGUCUGAUCUAUCGAGCGACGAGGACUCGGACGCCGACGCCGUCGCGAUAUCCUUUUUAGAGGCUGCCGUAUCCGGAGCCGGAACUCCCAUGGGGGAAGAUCGGGUCAGGGCUCACCAGAUCAUCAGGGGUGCUGCGUCGGGGAAGCGGGUGGCCUCACGAAAAGCUAUCACCUCUCUCGAGAGCGUCAACAUCGCGGACCUGCCGGAGAAUGAGCGAACCUGUGUCAUCUGUUACAAUGACUUUGGAGUCGAGACCCCCGAGGGAGUGAAUGAGUCCCCACUACGUUUACCUAAGUGCAAGCACGUCUUUGGGGACCACUGUAUCAAGAAGUGGUUCGAAGAGUCGGAUAGUUGCCCAUAUUGCCGGGAUAAGGUCCCCUCAGAGCCGCAGUAUCCGCUAGGGAUGAAUUCUCAGGCCAUCCACCGUUUCCUCCGCCACGCGAACCAGAUGACGCACAUGCAUAUGCGUCACUCCCGGGACCGCGAGCGAGGUGACGUAGACUCGUCGAAUCGAUCUCCUGGCAUGGUCGCUGGCAUUACGACUCUGGCAUCGAGCGCCUUCACAGAUCUGGACUACGGAUUGGGAGACCCUACAGUAGCGGGUAGGAGAGGAGAUGGCGCAUCGGCGUACAACUCGCGAGCUUGGUACGGCCACACAGGCGAGCGCCACUCCCCGCACUCGUUCGGCGCGAGCGAGGCCACCGAGAUGCGUCGGAGGACCCGCGCUCGUCAUAGUAGCUUACGAGGACUCCCACCCACUCGGCCGCAUUUCACGCAGUCUCCGACGAAUAACACGCCUCAAUCUCAGCCGUACCCCUGGCUUGGUAGACAGAACGCGGGCCACUCGCAUGGUCAUCGCCAUUCCAUGUCUUCGUCCAAUGCGGCGGCGCGGCCGGCUUUCGACGGUAGCAUCACCCCUUUCCCGUUCCAGCCACAGAUAGGUGCGCCGCCCGAACCUUACCUGAACCCGUUGAACAUCACGUCCGGUGGCGGUGUCGAGGAGUAUGCCACGUUGCCGCAUAUGCGGUCGCAUUACCCCCCGCCCUUGUCACCCACAUUCGGAGGUCCAGAAGUGUAUAUGAACAACUCGGACGACAACAUGCUCGGCGGGACAGGCGCCCACCAACAGUUGUAGGGAUACCAUUCGGCGGGAAGACGCGGGCUAUUUAACUGAAGACGGCAGCACUACCAGUGGCAGACACAGGCAUUCGUUCCCGAUAGCAGUAGGCAACACGGAGUGAAGCUACCGGGUAUGGGUUCGGGGUUGACAUUUCUCCUUUUCUUGUGCAUGCGACGUCUCACGAAAACUAAUCCGCAUA